AUGGACCCUCAGAUCACAGGCCUCUCGACACCUUACCCGGACCUUCCCCCGCAGCAGGAUGUUGAUGAUUUCCUGCGCAAGAAGCGCAAGGCGAGAGAACACAAGGCUUGCUACCCUUGUCGGCAGCGAAAAGUAAAAUGCGACCUCUCGCGUCCGUGUCAGACUUGCCGCGAUCGGGAUCACCCAGAGCUCUGCAGUUAUCAUCCGCCCAACAAGCGACAGAGCGUCGAUCCCGGUUCCUCCACAGCGCUCCCGAGACCUGAUGAGAAGCCUUCCAGUCCGGGCUUCGUCACGCUCGGACGUGGCGAGUUUGAUUUUCUCUGUCGUAAGCUGAAUGCGCUGGAAGACUCCAUUGCUAGCUUGCGGCGGGAAAUGCGUCGGAACGAAAACGGAGACGAGUCAUUCUUCCACGAGGGCGACACGAAUGCUGCCUCCAAUAUUGAUCCUGCUGUUCAAGAUGCGCCGCAUGAACUCAGUCACACUGAUGUUCAUGGCGUUCAUAUGAAGAAUGUUGCUGGCGAAUAUGUGCAUUUCGGAGGCGGAUCUAUACCUGGCAUGCUGUACAAUUUGCAGAUGAACGAGGGCCGGGCGGAGCAACACCAGAUCCUCGAGAUGCUGGGCAAGAAUGUUUUGCCGUUGUUCGGGCUGGACAACGAAUCCGCCACAUACCCUUUCGUGGACUUGUGGGGACUACCACACGGCUCUAUUCCGCGCGCUCAGGAACUUGCAAAGGCCUUGCCGACCGACAGCCAGAUUCUCAAUCUCUUCCGAUCUUACAAGGAAAUGGGCUAUGUCACCUUCCCCGGAAUCGCUUCUCUGGAGCAGCUAGAGUCUGAUAUUGGCAUGUUCCUGAUGAGUAGGGCCACCCAGUCCAUCCACGAAGGGGUCACUGAGCGGCAGAUCUAUGGUAAAAGCUAUACUUGGCUGGCCUUGUUGUUCGCGGUGCUUGCUAGUGGUGCUCAGAAUGGCAGUCUGCCGCGGAAAGAACGGGAGCUGACGUCCCAGGUGUACAUUUGCUGCGGAUUCGAGUGUCUACGCUUCACAAAUUUCCUUUCCAACUCGAAUCUCGAAAGCAUACAAACGUUGCUGGUCAUCGGCAACGUCUUGAUGAACAAUUUGAAUGCCGCAACCUCGUGGUCCAUGCUGGGACUCACCAUCAGACUCGCUCAAGGCUUGGGAAUUCAUCGUCCGAGUCCGCCGAACACCUCGACGGAAUUUAUCUUUGCCCGGUCGAAAGUGUGGUGGGCUAUCAUCUGGCAAGACAGCCUCUUGUCGAUUACCUACGACCGUAACUCAGCUGCAGGCGCUCUAGAAGGAAGCACCAUGCCGCCUCCACAGCACUUCGGACCAGUGGAUCCUUAUCACGCCGCAAUGUACCAGGUCUCCCGCGUUGGCCUAGAGAUCGUACGAGAUCGUGCACGACCCCUGAACACCCGCGAGCAGAUCGCGAGGAUCACGGAGCACCGCGAGGCGCUUGCGAACAUUAUGCACGACGCUGCUGCCUAUCUCCGCGACUCACGGCAGUGCACGACGUCAAGAGAGACGCUGGAGCACUGGGCCCUGUACUUGCACAGCUCGUACCACAUGUCCGAACUCUGUCGGCCGGCGAUCAGCGUUAACGCGGACACCGAAUUGGCCAAAGCUUUCAAGCAGACGUGCAUUGACAAUCUCGCCAACACAGUCGAAGCUUUCCUAGGACUGAACAACAUCACACCCGCCGCCCGCCAAUCCUGGGCAGCGCUACAACGCGCCCUCAGCUCCGCCCUCCUCCUCGGCAUCAUCGGCGAGCACACCCGGAAUGAACGCGCCCGACGCCUCGUGGACCGCUUCGCAAGCAUCAUGACCGGCAUCCUGAACAACAUCGACCCGCAGGAAAUCUCCGCGCCGAUUCAACGAGGCGUCGCCGCACUGUACGAACUUAGUUCCAAAGACGCCCGGGGCAAGGAGAGCGUGGUGGACGGUGUUGCAGCCGAUCCGCAUGCCUCUUCCAUCAUUACGCCUGCGAAUUCGGAUGGGACGCUGGAGGAGAAUUCGCCGUAUUCCGUCCUGAACAACAUUCUGUGGGGCACGGCGAACGGGUCUUUGUUGUGA